GAUUCGCCUUCGCGGACGAGAACUAGCUGGAGAGGCAUCGAUUCAAAGUGAAGCUCAGCAAGUACUUGAUCGAAGUAAAGUUCUUUCUGAUGAGUGGGAUCUGCUUAGCGAUAAUAUAGAUGCGAUGCGUGAUAGAGUUAGUCGAGCUGAAAAAUGGGUAGACGGCUACACGGCUCUUGAAAAAUGGUUGGCAGCUAAGCGUCGUAUGCUGGCUGCUGUUGGAGUGGUAACCACGGAUUCGGCUAUCGCUAGCACUCAGUUGGGACAGAUCCAGAUAAUUAAAGCUGAAAUGGACGGCGAACGAUCAACGUGGUCAAAGUUGAAUGAUGUUGCACAGAAGCUGUCGUCGGAUUCCAAUGAUGGAGUUCUUUCUUCCGCGAUGAAUAAGAAGCUUGAACACUUAAAGGACGUCGCUCUUUCAUCAAGAAACGAGGGAGAUGAAAUCGAAAAGAAGCUGGAAAGUCUGCUUGACCUUGCCCUCAAUGCGAAAUCUGAGAUUGAUCAGGCCGCACCCAUAUCAGCUGAUUCGAACCGUCUUCAAGAACAAGCGAAUUCGUUAAGCGCUUUACUGGCUAAAAUCGCCGAUGUUGAAGGCGAUUUUCCCUACGUUCGGGCAGUAGUUGGUGAGCGAUUGAAGAAGGCCCCCGACGAUGAGUUACAGUCAAAACUUCAACAACUUUCGACAAGUUGGAAUCCAGCUGUUGCUGCUGUUAAGGAGAGAAGUUCCGCUGUAGCGAAGGUUUGUUAGUA